AUGAUGUGUAUGUCUCACUCUAGCAAACUGCGGGAGAAUGACCUGGAUCCCCAGCUUAGAAACGGCUCUUACCAAAACACAGCCAGACUGAAGCCAAAAAAACACAAAGUCUUCGUUUUUUUUACUGUGUUGGACUUGCAUAUUUCAAGAAGGAAAUAACUGCGCUUUCUUGUAAGAAGCUGUUCUGCAGCUAACGCUAACGUUACUUUGGAAACUAGAGGACAGUUAACGUUACAUUAGCUUACUCGAGAGCUAGCUAACGUUCGUACCCCCUACUGUGCAGUUGGCUAACGUUAGCUAUCGCUAUCAACCAACUAGCUAGCCGUCUAGUUGGUGCAAGCUAACAGCGCUAACUAGCGAAAGGUAAACAACUGCAUAGCACAGUUGGGUAGUUACCAGCAUUUCUUUAGUGUUAUUAGGGAGGACAUUCAUAACUAGAUAGCAAGCUUCCCGCUGAAGAACAAAAAACAUUAUAAGUCGUCGCGGCGGGCAGCAUUGGAGGCCAGCGAGCGCCGUCGACCGCGUGCACGGAGGCGCUCCGGCUGCGGAGGAGGGUCCGAGCCCCUUUCCUUUCCUGAGAGCACGGGCCGGCCUCCGGGGAGCGCGCCAUGGCCUCGGUGGUGGUCGUCGACGGCGGGGGAUCGGUGACGGAGUACGCCGGCGCCUCGGAGGACCCGCAGCAGGAUGAGGGGCAGGUGGAGGAGGAGUACCCAGCGGUAAUCGUGGAGACCAUGCCUACCACAGAGGUGGAGCAGUGCUACGCCGCCCAGGUGCUGGUCUACGAUGACGAGACCUACCUGAUGCAGGGCGUUGCAGAGGAACAGGAAGUGGAGACUGAGGUCAUCGAGACGGUCAAUGUGAAUCUGCAGCUCUGGGAGAACAUGGCGACUUCACUGCAUGAGGGACCCGCUAACCAGCUAGAUCUGCUCAUCAGAGCCGUGGAAGCGUCGGUCCACGGUGGUGGCGGCGUCCACUGCUCGGACAAGACCAUCGAGGCGGCGGAGGCCCUCCUCCACAUGGACUCCCCCACCAGCCUGAGAGGGGACCGCAGCCCCGAGGCGGAGCUGGCGGUGCCCCGCGGCGCCACGCCGGAGUUCAUCCACGCCGCCAUGCGGCCGGACGUGAUCACGGAGACGGUGGUGGAGGUGUCCACGGAGGAGAGCGAGCCCAUGGAGGUGUGCGCCGUCCUGGAGGCCCCGGAGAGCGAGCCGGCCCGGAGGAAGAAAGCCGGACGAAAGCCAAAGAUGCACCAGUCAGCGGUUUCGAACGGCUCGCCUGACCUGGGUAUGAAGAAGAAGCCGAGGGAGGGCAAGGGUAACACCACCUACCUGUGGGAGUUUUUGCUGGACCUCCUUCAGGACAAGAACACCUGCCCCAGGUACAUCAAGUGGACGCAAAGGGAGAAGGGCAUCUUCAAACUGGUGGACUCCAAAGCCGUCUCUAAGCUGUGGGGCAAGCACAAGAACAAGCCUGACAUGAACUAUGAGACCAUGGGGAGGGCCCUACGGUACUAUUACCAGAGAGGGAUCCUGGCCAAGGUGGAGGGCCAGCGGCUGGUGUACCAGUUCAAAGACAUGCCCAAGAACAUCGUGGUGAUCGACGAGGAGAAGGCGGAGGGCCCCCCGGGGGCGGAGCGGUCUCACGAGCGCGUGCCCCCCGCCUCCGAGGCGCUCCUGGGCGCGCCCGAGCUGGCCGCCGCCCCCGGCGUCCCGCGCGGGGCCGUCCGGGCCCUGGCCUCGCCCGCCAAGGGGAGGAGCGGCCAGCCCACCACCCGGAUAGUGACCGUCACGCCGGUCUCCGACGCCGGCCAAUCGCUGCAGGCGUCCCACACCGCCGUCAUUCCCACCGCCUCGGGGCCCAGGACAGUACGUGUGGCCAUGCAGGUUCCCGUGGUGAUGACGACGUCGCUGGGCCAGAAGAUCUCCACGAUGGCGGUGCACUCGUCCGGCUCGCCCCUCCCCGGCGGGGGGGCGGCGGGGGCCCCCAAGGUGGUCUUCCAGACCAUCCCCACGGUGGUGCCGGCCACGGCGGAGAACGGCGACAAGAUCACCGUCCAGCUGGCCAAGAUCAUCACCAUCCCCGCCAGCCAGCUGGCUCAGUGCCAGCUGCAGGCCAAGCCCGGGCACGGCGCCACCGCGUCCGGCAUCAACCUGGUGGGGGCGCCGCUGGCCGUCCGGGCCCUGACGCCCGUGUCGGUGGCGGCGGGGACGCACGUGGUGAGGCUGGCGGUGCCCGCCCAGCAGCCGUCGGCCCGGCCCCAGGCCCGCGUCGGCACCACCACCGCCGUCGCCGCCGCCGUCGUCAGGCUGCCCGAAGCCAAGCAGGACGUCGGCGCGGCGGCUGCGGCCGAGGCUCCGCCCCGGCAGGACUGUACGGCGGCCGAGGCCCCCGGAACAGAGGCCGACGCCGUCUCCGUCACACAAGCAGAGUCCCCGGAAUGCUGA